AUGAAGCACGAUUACUAUCCGAUUGAGUCGCUUCCGUCGUGGAUAAAGCUCAACGGGGUCUCCGUCAAUGGUAUCGCUUUCCGCAAAUUGCAAGCAGAUGAUGGCACCGACAAGGGGUCUGCAAUUGUUGCAACCGAGGUAAAAACCAGUGGAAAUGCAGCGAGCAACGCGGUAGAGUCGGAGGUGAUUCUACGAGUACCGUCUGACUUGGUCCUGUCAUUCGAUUUUGUUGAAGAAUAUUCCAAAUCGGAUAGACAGCUCCGUGAGGUAUUAGAAGCUGUCGGGAACUUUGGAAGAACAGCCAGAGGCGCCAUAUUAAUCUUCCUUCUCGUGCAACUUACCCACUCUAGCCCGGACUAUGCGCAUGAGCGGCACCAGAUCGGACUAUCGAGCCCUUGGAGCGAAUAUAUGAAGUAUUUGCCGUCCUCUAUACCUUUGCCUACAUUCUACAGUGAAGAGGAGUUAGAGCUCUUGCGCGGCUCCUCGUUGAGGUUAGCUGUGCAUGCGAAGAUUGCCUCGCUGGAGAAAGAAUUUGAACACCUGCGUCAGAGCACAGAGGGCUUGGACUGGUGUAAAAGGUAUUGGUGGGAUGACGAUACGGGGAAACUGACGUUCAACGAUUGGAAAUAUGUCGAUGCGCUGUACCGGUCACGCAUGGUAGAUCUGCCUCAGCAUGGACAUGCCAUGGUUCCAUGUAUUGAUAUGGCAAACCAUGCUCCUGAGGGGACGGUCAAGGCGUUGUAUGACGAGGAUGCCGAUGGGAAUGCUGUGUUGCAGCUGCGGGAUGGACGGAGCUUGCGGGCUGAUGAGGAGGUUACAAUCUCGUAUGGUGAUGAGAAGUCCGCCUCAGAAAUGAUUUUCUCAUAUGGAUUCCUCGACGAGCAUACCACGGACGCGAGGCAAAUCUUCCUUGACUUGGAUAUACCUGAUGACGAUCCGUUGAAGAUAGCAAAGAAAGCAUUCUGCAAAGAUACGCCCGGGGUCAAGAUAUCUACUUCCUCUAGCGGCUCAGAAACAGCCGCAACAACAACCUGGGACAGCCCCAUCAUCUGGUGGGCAUGCGUAAACGAGGAGGACGGGCUGGACUUCAACGUCCUCCAAACCACCGACGGCGGCAGGGAACUUAAAUCUACCUGGAACGGGCAAGAAGUGAGGGACGCAAGCUGUCUCAGGGACCUGCUAGCUGCAGAUCCCCAAUGGGACAUCUACCAGCUCCGUGCGGUGGUGCUCAUCCUUGAGCGACUGGAGACCCAAUUCUUCGUUCUCCGCCAAACCGACAUGAUGAUUAGCGAGAUCCGCGAGAACGAAGACAUGCGUGCUAUUUUCGAACCAUUUGUGUUUCAGACAAUCUUGAGGUUACGAGAGCUGGAGUCCAAGCUUAUGGAACGGGCAAUUGAGGACCUCGUUAACCAGCGGGAAAAACUCAUGUCAAGCCCCGCAGUCAACGCCUACCUUGCCCAACAAUCAGGGGACAUCGAGGAGGAUUUCUCUUGA